AUGGCCCGUAAGCAGCAAAAAUACUCCCAGGGGAACAACACUGCCCACUUCUGGGCACCUUUCCUGCAGAUGGCCCAGAGCCAGGAGAGCCUGAAUACUCACAAGGGCACAUGGGCUGAGCGUGAGUUCAUCCUUCCCGACAAGUCCUUCGAGUUGCCUGGCUUCAACUGGCAGACCUACCAACGGACAGUCCCGACGCCCCUGUCGCGCUUGGACAGGAGGUCAGAGGUGCAACACCGGGUGCGCAUGCCGGAGAAAGACACGGCCCAACACACCUGGGGCUUCCACAUGUGGCUGGACGUGGGCCAGCUGCCUGCCACCUUCCCCACCAGGCCUGACAAGCCCUACGACAGCAACAUCUGGCGCUGGCUCACCAACACCGAUGCCCACCGCAUGGCCCCAGCAGAGACCCCGGUGCCCCCACCCUCCCGGCUGGGUAGCAACAGCUUCCUGACCUUCAUCUACUGCAUGCCUAUCUUCCUGGACACCAACAGGGAAAAGCAGGUGAUUGCUAAGACGGAGAAGAUCCUCAGAGAGGGUGAGAAGCUCAAACUGAGGAGCCAGGCCAGGGUCCCGCCACUCGAUGCCAAUGGCCACAUCCUGCCCCCAAAGAACUUCAAGAAGUAA